AUGCCCGACCUAGGCGCAGGUGCACUGUGGCCGGCAGCCCUCCGUCAGCCCGCCUGCAGCAGGGCGCCGCCCGCCGCUCCGCUGGCCCUGGGCCUGGGCGGCGCCGCCCUGGGGCGCCACGGCAUCUGCCGGCUGCCAGUCGCCGAGGGCGCGCGGGCGGCGCUGGCGGCCACGGCGCGGGCGCUCCUGGAGCCGGCGGCGUGGCGGCGGGUGCUCGCCACGGACCCCGGGAGCGAGCUGCUGCUGGGGGCAGGGCUGCCCCGCCUGACGCUCCACAACUCCGCGGGCUCCGACCGGCUCCUGUGGCUCUACGCCCGCGACGAGCAGGCCAUGGGGCCGUUCGACGCGCUCGCGGCGGCCCUGGAGGCCGAGGUGACCGCCGCCAGCCGCUUGGGCGGGCGCAGCCUUAAGCUCUGCGCCGGCUCCUUCGUGGUGCUGCGCUCUCCAGGGGCGAGGGACUCGGAGGUCUUCCCCCACCGCGACUGGGACGAGGCAGUGCUGGGUGCGCGCAGCGCCUUCACCGCUCUGGUGCCGCUCGUGCUGCCGGAGGGCUCGGCCGGCCUCGAGGUCUUCGGCCCCGGCGGCGGCCUGGAGGGCGUGGUCCAGUACGCGCUCGGGGAGGCCGUGGUCUUCGACAACGCCCGGCUGCAUCCGGCAGCCCGGGAGCUCCCCCACGCGGGUUCUCGCGUCCCUGAGCUUCGCGCCCGGGUGCCCCCGGCUGUGGCCGGCCGCGGAGCGGGUGCUGCGGGCGCAGACCCCGUUCUUCUAUCGUCGCGCCGCCGCGUGAGCCGGUGCUCUCUGCGGCCUCGUUGCUUGCGCCCGCCAGGGUUUUUGCGUCUGUUGUGA